GUCUGUCGGCCACUUUGACUCAAAAAAAGGGGGCAGGCUGUGUGUACAAGUCUGUGCUCCCAUUCAUGCGCAGUGAAUCCAAGCAGACGAGCUGUGUCACAUCCUCGUCUAAACAGAAAGCUCUGCUCUCUCUCACACUGAUAGAUAGAAAGGGUUGUGACCCUGCACAGUAGUCGCCACCAUGGCAGAAGCUCACCAGGCGGUGGCCUUCCAGUUCACCGUAUCCCCCGAUGGCAUCGACCUACAUCUGUGCCACGAGGCCCUACGCCAGAUCUACCUCUCUGGCCUCCACUCCUGGAAGAAAAGGUUCAUUCGCUUCAAGAAUGGGGUAAUGACCGGUGUGUACCCGGGCAGCCCUGGUGGGUUCAUGAUAGUGGUGGUGUCCUACAUGUCCUACAACAAAUAUCAACAGCUGGAUCCCUCUCUGGGGCUGAUUGCCAAGCUUGGUCAACACGUACCCAUCAGUCGAUACAUCUCCACAGACAGCCAGAGGAUAGUCGGAGGGGUUCUGGUGGGCACGGGCCUGUGGGUCACCAUCAUCAUGAUUAUGAGGAAUGUCCUGAAGAGCCUGUUGUCGUGGCACGGCUGGAUGCAUGCUCGCCAUGGCUCCGUGUCCUGGUCCACUCGUCUGUGGAUGGUAUUAGUGAAGGUGUUCUCUGGCAGGAAGCCGAUGCUCUACAGUUUCCAGAACUCUCUCCCACGGUUACCUGUUCCCACCAUCAAGGACACCUGCGAAAGGUACCUGGAGUCAGUGCGCCCGCUGAUGGAGGAUGAGCGGUACGAACGGAUGGAGGGCUUGACUAAAGACUUUGAGAAGAACCUGGGACCCAGACUGCAGUGGUACCUCAAACUCAAGUCCUGGUGGGCCUCCAACUAUGUCAGUGACUGGUGGGAAGAGUAUAUUUACCUUCGUGGCCGUGGACCCAUCAUGGUCAACAGCAACUAUUAUGCCAUGGAUUUCCUGUACGUGUUCCCCACCUCCAUCCAGGCUGCCAGGGCAGGUAACGCCAUCCAUGCUAUCAUGCUCUACAGGAGGAAACUGGACAGAGCCCAGAUCAAACCAAUAUACUUGCUGGCGAACAAGGUUCCUCUGUGUUCGGCUCAAUGGGAGCGGAUGUUUAACACCACCCGCGUCCCUGGUUUGGAGACAGACAUCCUUCAGCACGUGAAUGAGAGCAAACACAUAGCUGUGUACCACAAGGGACGCUACUUCAAGGUGUGGAUGUUUUAUGACGGCCGGCUGCUGUUGCCACGGGAGAUAGAGCAGCAGAUGGAGAGGAUCUUGGCCGACAAGUCUGAGCCAUUGCCAGGAGAGGAGAAACUAGCCGCACUUACAGCAGGGGACAGGACCCCGUGGGCCCAGGCACGUGAAACCUUCUUCGUCCGCGGUAAGAACAAGCAAUCUCUGGACAUCAUUGAGAAGGCAGCCUUCUUCGUAACCCUUGAUGACACCGAGCAGCGCUUCGAGGCAGACAACCCGGUCAAGUCUCUGGACAAAUAUGCUAAGUCCCUCCUCCACGGAAAAUGCUACGACAGGUGGUUCGAUAAAUCCUUUAACCUGAUCGUUUUCAAGAACGGCACCAUGGGACUGAACGCAGAGCAUUCCUGGGCUGAUGCUCCAAUCAUCGGCCAUCUCUGGGAGCAUGUUCUCUCCAUGGACCCUAUUAAGUUGGGAUAUACUGAUGAGGGUCACUGCUGUGGGGAGCCCCACCCCAACCUGCCAGGUCCUCUGAGGCUGUCGUGGGACAUCCCUGCUGCGUGCCUGGAGGUCGUCGAGAGCUCUCUGACAGUAGCCAGGAAUCUGGCUGACGAUGUCGACUCUCACAUUUUCCCCUUCAGUGACUUUGGCAAAGGUCUGAUUAAGAAGUGCCGCACCAGUCCUGAUGCCUUCAUCCAGAUCGCCCUACAGCUGGCCCAUUACAGGGACAAAAAGAAGUUCUGCCUGACAUACGAAGCCUCCAUGACGCGUUUGUUCCGGGAGGGCCGGACAGAAACUGUGCGCUCUUGCACCAUGGAGACUUGUGCCUUUGUCCGUGCCAUGAUCGGAGCCGAGACAAGAGAAGAUUGUCUCAAGUUGCUCAAACUGGCAGCAGAGAAGCACCAAAACUUGUACCGCCUGGCGAUGACAGGAGAGGGCAUCGAUCGCCACCUUUUCUGUCUCUACGUGGUUUCCAAAUAUCUGGGAGAAGACUCGCCCUUCCUCAGGGAGGUCCUGUCUGAGCCGUGGAGGCUGUCCACCAGUCAGACGCCUCUGCAGCAGCUGGAGCUGUUUGAUCUGGUCAAACACCCCGAGUAUGUGUCCUCCGGAGGUGGAUUCGGACCAGUGGCUGAUGAUGGCUAUGGCGUCUCCUACAUCAUCGUUGGUGAGAACCUCAUCAACUUCCACAUCUCCAGCAAACACUCAAGCCCAGAAACCGACUCGCACCGUUUUGGCAGCAACAUCAGACAGGCCAUGCUCGACAUGCUGGAUCUCUUCCAGCUCGACAAGAAAACCAAGUGAUUGGCCCUCUUGACAUCAGAAGUUGUUCUUAACAAGAAACAUAUUGUUCCCGACGCUUGUACAGAAUAUAAUAUUUGAUUGGGGGUUAUUUUUAAGUUUAUUGAUGUUACAGAAAUAAGGAUGAUUGGGAGUUUUUGUCGAUAUGUUUGUGAGGCGUUAAUGUGUACUGUAUGUACUGUAUAGGCACGGUGAGAUUCUGGUGUUAUCGGGUACAGGUAGUGCACAGAUCAAACGUUUUUAUUCACAGGACUGUUCGCACGGGUGCCUUAGUGAGAGGGCAGAAAGGGAGGGGGAAAUUAAAGCUCUAGUCUGAUCUCAAGUCUGUAUCGCCACACUAGGAGACAUCUCAGCUAAAGGAUUGUUCAGUAGCAUCAUCCAAUAUUUGCGUUUUAAGUUGAGAGAUGAUGCGAUAUUUUUACUAGUUAUUGUCCCAGUUUUGAAAUAAAUUCUUUUAGUUUUUUAGGUUUCGUCUGGUCUUUCCAUUCGCAGCACCUGAGUCAUGUGUAACUGGCCAAAGCAACAAACGUGAUGUUAAAUAUCAUCGACAAAUUGCAUGUUGCAUGGUGUCCAUUAAUUUCAUAUUACUCAGUUUUAACAUUGAGUCUGAUUUGCUAGGCUGAACAACAGUGAUCUUCUACCUACGGAGGGCCAGAAAGAGCAAAACAGUUGAUCUAUAAUUACAAGAACUACAAAUAUAUGAUCUGCAAAGUGACCCCUGUAUCAGUGUGAUACUGGACACUUUCUAAUCAGUGGAUCAACAUUGCCUUUCUGACUCACGUGCAUAGCCAGACGGUGUGUAUUUCAGCUUCUCUGAUUUUAUGAUGUAGCGCGAAGCCGGAUCAUAUUUGUGUUUGUGUUUGUCGUUUUCAUACUCAGGUUUUUCUAAAUUCUAGGGUGCUGGCCACAGCAUUGGAAGAGCGCUCGUGUUGCUGUAUACAUGUGCAACACUAGAAUGCCAUGUGACCCUGAUGAGCCGGUGGGUAGUGUAACAUUAAGUUUGCUGUGGAAAUGAGGGAUUGGCAGGGCGGGUGUGUGUCUGACUGACAAAGUGCGUGACCGACAGUGACUUUUCUUCUGUUUCUUGUGUUAAAAAAAGAGUGGGUUAACUGUACUUAAACUCUGUGGUGCACUCCAUGACGUUCUUUAGUUCAAACUAACCGAUUCCCAACUCCAGAUCAAGAUGUAUUGUAAACUUUUAUGAGCAAGCCAGUUGUCCGUUGCAGCAUAGUGGUAUUUCAACUUUCAAUAUGAGGUCGCUUAAUAGGUUGUGAUGUCUCUCCAGUACAGUAGGAAGUCAUCGUUGUUCUCCGAGUUCUGCUUAGGAAGUGCACAUAUAGAGGGGCUGUCGCGUGCGAAUGCAUUUCUGUUAUUAUGUAUAUGUUGUCAGUUCAUCAUAUUUAUUUUUUUCCCAUCUUUUAACCUCUUUAUUCACAAAACAAACAUGCAUAUUUACCAGCUGAAUGCUGCGAACGUUGAGCGCUAAGUUAAAGCUUUGCUGAUUUUAAGAAGUGAAACAGAAAACAAUGCUUCCUUUUUCUUUUCGACACGACAGUUUUGUUGUCACAGACUUUGCCAGUAUGUUGUAGUUGUGUGACUUUUUAUCUCGGUAGACCUCAUGUUUACACUGCUGCAUGGUUUUUGAAGAUGAAGCUGUAUAUGUUUUGCCUUUUAAUUUAAAGACGGUGUAAAAAAAACAACAAAAAACAAGCAGCUGAUAUACCAAAACGAGUUUUAACAAUAAAGUGAAUGUCAGACAGCUGUAUCAA